UCGCAAACAUGUGAGAGUUAAACAGUGAACAGGCUGAAGGGACAAAGAGGAAUCGAAUCAGACCAACAGGUGCUCAAAAAUGGCUCAGCAGCUAAAUACUGAAGAAGGGAUCACAUUAAUUCCUCCACAAAAGGAUGUCAGAAAGUCGAGAAGUUCAAUGAUAUCUGCCUCUUUUAAUUUUAUCAAUUCCAUUAUAGGAUCUGGAAUAAUAGGUUUACCAUAUGCAUUAAACCAGGCAGGGCUUCCCUUCGGCCUUCUUCUUUUGAUAGUUGUUGGAUUCAUCACAGAUUACUCAAUUAUCCUACUUAUAAAAGGAGGAAUCCUGUCAGGGACAAACAGCUAUCAGUCACUUGUACAAAGCACAUUUGGUUUCCCUGGAUUUCUGAUUUUAACUGGACUGCAGUUUCUUUAUCCUUUCAUUGCGAUGAUCAGCUAUAACAUCACAACGGGCGACACGCUGACCAAAGUGUUUCAGAGAAUACCCGGAGUUGGCCCAGAUCACAUACUCGCAGAGCGUCACUUUGUCAUCAUGCUAUCAACCGUUGUUUUCACGCUGCCCCUCUCGCUUUAUCGAAACAUAGAGAGACUUGGGAAGGUGUCCUUCCUGUCAAUGGUGCUGACAGUCAUCAUCCUCAUCAUUGCAAUCAUCAGAGCAGCUACCUUUGGACCCCAAAUCCUCCCCACAGAUGAUGCAUGGGUAUUUGCAAAGUGGAAUGCAAUUCAGGCUGUGGGUGUGAUGUCUUUUGCCUUUAUAUGCCACCACAACAGCUUUCUUAUCUAUGGCUCACUGGAGCAGCCCACGCUUGCUAAAUGGUCUCAAGUCACCCACAUCUCUGUAGGCUCAGCACUAAUAAUCAGUGCUGGAUUUGCCGUCGCUGGCUAUACAACUUUCACUGGCUACACACAAGGAGACAUAUUCGAGAACUACUGCAGAAAUGAUAACCUGGCAACAUUUGGUCGCUUCUGCUUUGCCGUCAGUAUAAUAACCACAUUUCCACUGGAGUGUUUUGUGACACGAGAAGUGGUAUCUAAUGUUAUUUGCAGUCGGGAUCUUUCAAAAAUGGAACAUGUGGCCAUAACUGUGCUCAUAGUUGCGGUCUGCACAUCAAUAUCUUUGGCCUAUGACUGUCUAGGAGUUGUUUUGGAACUGAAUGGUGCUCUGAGUGCCACACCCCUGAUCUUCAUCAUCCCAUCUGCAUGCUUCCUCAAGCUGUCCCCUGGCCGCUGGUUCCAGGGUGAAAAAUUGAUACCCAUCAUGUUGAUCAUACUCGGCUUAUUUGUCAUGAUCACCGGUUUGAUCAUGACUGGCAUCUACCCUCAAGGCUGUUCACAUGGAGUGGAGAUGUUCUACUGUGCAGAUGCCAAUGUCUCUAGCACUGUACCACCUGUAUGAAAGGAACAUUUAUCAAAUAUUUAAGUGUUUUAAAAAACUUUUUUUAUGUUAAACAAAAAUACAUGUAUAUGGACACUCUUUCCUCCAUUCUCUUAUAUGUUUAUUAGAUCUGGGGCUUUUUGUCAUGGUUGGCUAUUAGGGUAUUGCUCCUCAUAUUUCAGAGAGUAGUGAGGAAGGAGUCGGACCCUCCCUAAACAGCAUUUUAGAGCAUGCCAGAUUUUAUAAUCCUUGUUGAUAUUAUUUUAAUUUGCAGUGAAUGACCUUAAAAAACAUCAUUGCUUUUAGGGGAGAAUUUUAAUGGCGACCACAACCUAGAUGGUCCACUAUUGCUCUUGAGGGGGGAGCAAAUGUCUUUUGCCAGAGUCCAAGAUGAUGUGGACAGACUGUCCAGAAGACUGGAGGCUGUGGAGCUGUAAUCCCCAUAAUUUGGGAAUACACACUGAUGGGUGUGAUAUUGAGGUGUCCACAUACUUGUAGCCAUAUAUAUAUAUUUUUUUAGAUAUAUUUAUAUUCAAUGCUUAAGAUUUUUUUUUUGUUUUUUUAAAAGAGUUUUCCUGGUGCA